AUGAUUUCUAAAAAUGAGGAUAGUUUUACAGAUAAUGUAUAAUCUGAAAGAAAAUACUAUGAAAGUGAUUAAGAUAUUCAACCAUUAAAGGUAUUUCACUUAAAUUCCCAAAAGGUAGGAGAUAACAUUUAGAAUCGAUUUUUAAUAAGUCAAAAAAUAGGUGAGGGUUCAUUUGGCAGUGUCUUUAAAGUUCUUGAUAGAAAGAAUAAUAAUGCCUAAUGGGCUAUGAAAGUUGAAGAAGAUGAAGAUGAAAAUAGUUUAUUAGAAAGAGAAAUAAAAGUACUUAUUGAAUUGAGGUAAAAUUGAAUGUUCAAUUUUAGAAAAUAGUAAGGUUUUCCACAAAUUAAAUUUUAUGGAUAAGAAAGAGGAUAUACAUAUUGUAUUAUGACAAUGUUAGGAAAAAACUUAGAAUAAAUUUUUAGGAAAUUAGGGGGAGUAAUGACUUUAGCCACUGUACUAAGAUUAGCCAUUUAAGUAUGAAAACUAAAAUGAUAUUAGCUUAACAGAUGAU